AUGCUAUCAUUUGUUUCGGACAGCGAAGUGGAUGUCUCUCAGAUUCCCGCAUAUCUCAAGUAUUUGGUGGACUCAGGAGUGGACGGACUCUACAUAUGCGGCACAACCGGCGAGGGAUACAGUUUGACCAACGAUGAGAAGGUGGCGAUUGUGAGCGCAUGGCGUCAGGCCAUCGACGCCCAGAAUGCGGGCCAUCUGUUGUCUGUAGUGAACGUCUCGUCGACGUGUCUCAAGGAAUCGCUACAACUGUCCCGAAAAGUACAGGACUUGGGUUUCGAUGCGAUCGCUGUUUUGCCACCGAUUUAUUACAAACCGACAAAUGUUGGCGAAUGGGUUGACUAUAUGCGGGCCUUCACUAUAGCCGCCCCACAAACACCACUAUAUUAUUAUCAUAACGUUGCUCGUGUCGGUGAAUUAAUCUUCGAUAUAAUUAAAGCGGUGGCCGAAGGAGUCAAACAAUUGCCACAUUUAUCCGGACUUAAGUAUGCGGACAACGAUUUUGUCCGCUUUUCGUCAUUGCAGAAGAAUUUCUGCAAACAAAUCAAAUUUUUCAUGGCUUCUGAUUCGGUAUAUCAUCUC